UGAGCAGGCAUACUAUUAAUUCAUACGAUUGGUUGACAAAUUAAAAGUCGUCAAUAAAACAGCACUUAACAACUGUCUGUAUUUGAUUUAUAUUUUUAAUUAAGUUAUGGCUUCUGGUUCAAAGGCACCGUCAGAAUUCGUGUUCAACCUUUUUAGCACCGUAAAUAAAGAUAACGAAACAAAUUUUGUUAUUUCCCCACUCGGAAUUCAAAUUAUCUUAGGAUUGACACUUAUGGGUGCAGCCGGAAAAACUAAAGACGAGAUAGCAAGAAUACUGCAAAUAACAAACAACAAAACAGAGGCUUCCAAAAACUUUUCUCAAAUAGUACAUCAAUUAAAGGAUAGUAAAAGUAUGUCAAUAGCCUGCAAAAUCUACGUCCAAGAUGCGGAGUGUAUUGACUUCAGCAAACAUGGGGAGGCGGCAAGCAAAAUCAAUGAUUUCGUGGAAUCUAAGACAAAUAAACAAAUAAAAAGAGUUAUUGAACCGGACGAUCUAAAUUCAGGCAUAGUGUUAGUCCUAGUGAAUGCAGUUUACUUCAAAGGAAUUUGGAAAACUCCUUUCAACAAGAAUCUAACUGAAAAGGCCGACUUCUGGAUUAACGACAAAGAAUCUGUAAAAGUCGACAUGAUGACAAUGGGUAAGACAACCCUACCCUAUGGCGUUGUCGAUGACAUCAAUGCAACAGCCGUGGAACUCCCGUUCCAGGGCGACGAACUUUCAAUGAUAAUCAUUCUUCCCAAUAAAGGCACAAAUAUUUCUACUUUAAAGGAAAAACUGGAUCGUUUAAGCCCUUCAAAAUUGAAAAAGAAAUUGAACAAAAUUCAACUUAUUUUAAGUAUGCCCAAAUUUACUAUAGAUUUCGGCACUGACCUAACCAAUGUCCUUAAAAAUAUGGGCAUGGUAGAAAUGUUCUCCGAUCACGCCGACUUUUCAGAAUUAUUGCAUAAUUCGGAAGCAGUAAAAGUGUCUAAAGUUGUUCAUAAAGCACACAUCGAGGUAAAUGAAGAAGGGGCCGAGGCUUCAGCUGCAACCGCUGUUUUAGUUGCUCCACGUGCUGUGCCUCUAAAUCAAGCCGCACACGAGUUUAAAGUAGACCGUCCAUUCAUUUACAUGAUAACUAAUAAAGAUCAAGUGCUCUUCUUGGGUAAAAAAGUGCGUUAGACUCGAUAAAUUAGAAAUGGUUCAGAGAUACAGUCCCAUCAAACAGUGGACAAUUUAAUAGUUUUUUUUGGUUGAGCUGUGUGUUCCCAUAAAUUAAAAUUUGUAAAAUCAUUUGAUAGGUUUGGAUUGUUCUUCUUAUUAUAUUAAAGUUUUUAAAA